GUAUAUAUCUGUGGUCAGUGGCCUGUGGUAAUUAGUAAUCACGACUUUAUAACUUACAUUUGAAAUUUGACAACUUUGAUGUUGAUUGAAAUGGAUAAGGAUUAUGCAACCGCAUAUUGCCGAUCAGAAAAUAGAAAUCAAAAAGAAGUAAAAAACACAGGAUACCUCUGAAUUCGUGCAACGUAGAUAACGUUAUCAACCACAAUGUAUUUUAAAUAAAUUCGCCACAAGUUUAAUGAAGGUUCCACGCGACACAAACCAAUACAUAUUUAUCAGGUCAUUUAAUUUCAUUCCUUUGAAGUACUCGGGUUCCAAAUUAUAUAACCCCACAUUAUUUCCAUUACAAAUAUGGACCAGAACAGGAAUUCCAAAGUUAGAGUUGGAUCCAGGAAAAGUGAGCUUGCACUUGUUCAAACUAAGCAUGUGAUAUCUCUUUUAAAAGAAUUGAAUCCUGAGAAAGAGUUUGAAAUAGUUUCAAUGAGUACCUUAGGGGAUAAAAUUUUGGAUAUAUCGUUGCCGAAGAUAGGAGAAAAAUCUCUCUUUACAAAAGAACUAGAAACUGCCCUUGCGACUGGUGGUGUAGAUUUUGUUGUUCACUCCCUUAAAGAUUUACCCACUGUGUUACCUAGUGGAAUGGCAAUUGGAGCUGUCCUAAUAAGAGAAGAUCCUCGAGAUGCUCUUGUCUUACAAAAAGAUAUACUCCACCAUACCUUACAGACUCUACCAGCAGGUAGCAUACUUGGUACAUCUAGUUUGAGAAGAACUGCCCAGUUGGCUAGGAAGUAUCCUCAUUUGAAAGUAGAAAGUAUUAGAGGAAAUUUGAAUACUCGUUUAAAGAAGUUGGAUGAUCUAGGCAAAUACCAUGCUAUUAUUCUGGCAGCUGCAGGUCUAAUCAGAAUUGGGUGGAAAAACAGGAUAUCAAAGUUUUUAGACACAGACGACAUUAUGUAUGCAGUGGGUCAGGGUGCCUUAGCAAUCGAGUGCCGCGAAAAUGAUGAAACCAUCCUAAAACUUUUAGAACCCCUGUAUGACCUGCAAACAGCUUUACGCGUUAUCGCUGAACGCAGUUUUCUUAAAACCUUGGGUGGAGGAUGUAGCGCACCCGUGGCAGUUUCUUCCAAUCUUCAGUUAGUCAAAAAUAAACUUGUAGAAGUUACUUUGCGUGGGGCGGUUUGGUCUUUAGACGGAAAGGAAGAGAUUGUGGAAGAAGAUAGGAUUACUUUUGAAGUUCUUACGGACAUAAGGUGCUCUUCGUGUCCAUAUAAUAACGAUGGGGGCAUCGCUAUUGAAGAUAUAGAAUGUUGUGCCAAAUGUCCAAUGAAUCCCAGUUUGGAACCUGCUACAAAAAAGAAAAAGAUAGAAAUCCCUGAUGAGCUUUUGGCAAAUGAUCCCCAUGAAAAGUGUCCUAUUCCAUUACCAAUUGGUUCUGAAUUCAUGGGGCAGUGUCCAUAUUUAGAUGGCGAAUUAACUGAUAUUUCCAACCAAUAUGGACUGAAGAAUGAUUUUAUGGGUCCAAGCAAUGCUAAUGAAUGCCCUUACUUGGAACAGCAAAAAUUGCUACAGCAUUUACACACUAAGAUAGAAAAAUCCAGUGAAGCGUCAGCAGGGAUACAGGAAAAUGAAAAUCUCUUUGCUGGUUUAGUGCAGCACAAGGACAUAACCAAACAUAAUUUGGAAAAGGCCAGGAAGUUAGGUGAAAGAAUUGCGAGAAAUUUGAUGGAAAAAGGUGCAAGCGAUGUCAUGACCAAAGCUCAAGCCAUUGUGCACAGUCAACAAAAUGAAAUAAUCAAAUCAAAUUGAUUUUAUAUUUUAGGGUUUUCAGGUUUUGGAUUAUUUUGUCUCGCAUUAGGUAAUAUAAUUAUAGAACCAAUUGAAAUAUUCUUGUUCUCUCUCUUUUUUUAUAAAUAAUAGGUUUUUUAUUAUAGAAUAUAUAUGUAUAUUUGUUGAACUUGGACUGGUGUAGUAUAAAUAAAGUUAUUGUUAAACUGAUUU